AUGCCUGGUGUUCCCCCCAAUGCGCUCAGUCAGAUGAAGAAAGGCCUGAAGAGUCUCUUCUCACGGAAGAAGAAAGGCGCCAAGAAGCAGCAGGAGCCCCAGGAAAACUCUCAGACUACAGCGGCUCCAGCAGCAGCGGCGCCAACAGCAGCAGCUUCUACAGCUCUUGCCCCGGCCAAGGCCGAUGAACAGCCAGCCGCUACUGCGCCAGCGGAACCCACUGUCACUACACAGCCUGCUGCCCCUACUGAGCCUACCGCUGCUCCUGAGCAUGCCGCCACUGAGCCUGCUGCUACUGCUGAGCCUACUACCACUGCUGGGCCUGUAACCACCGCGCAGUCAGCUCCGGCCCCUCAACCGGCUGCUACUGCCCAAUCAGAUGCCGCUGCCCCUGCUUCAUAG